GCGUUCCUUCCUAUUUGUAUAAGUGUCGCUUCUGUGAUGACAUCCGUUUGACCACAGGUUUGACGGUUUGACUAAAAGUUCCGCGGUAAGGUGAUCUCGGCUUGUUGCGGGGCACGAUGCACCAUCGAGACGAUGAGGUGCCGAUGGAGCGUUGCCUGCUUGGCAGCCAUGUGGUGCGGCUGCCGCAGGUGCUGUGUGAGCAGGAGGCCCUGCUGCGGGCUGUCCUCAGCAUCGACACCUGGAACAAUGUCCUUUCGGAGGCACACAAGGUGCGGCUCAUGGAAUUUCUGCCCAGCUUUGGUGAGAACGACAAGGAGGAGAAAGUGGAAACCUUGCAGCGGCUGUUCAGUGGGUGCAACUUCAAGUUUGGCAAUCCCAUCCACAUCUUCUUCCUGCGGCUCAGAGAUGGCCUCCUGGUGCCUGACAUUGCGCGCACAGCAUCUCUGGUGCACAAGGCCAGCUACAGGGACUACCGGCUACACCAGCGCCGCUACCACUGUCGCCUGCUGCAGGAAGUCUUAGUGUCUCGCAAGAGACUGCUGGACGCCUGCCUGGACUGGGGUCCCUGGGGUGGAGUGGCACGUCCCAUCGGAGGAGGAGGGGGUGGCGUCCGCCAGGUGCCCUUGGCGCAGCGCACGCGCUGGCGCUACUGCACUGAACUGCAGGAGCUGCGUGACCGCCUGGGGGAGCCACGCACCUCGGACGAGGAUGACCUCUGCUCGGAGGGGCCUCCCAAGCUGCUGCGAAAGUACCGCCGACAGUUGCACCACUUUGAGAGUGCCCUGAGCCCCGAGUUGAACCGUGUACCCUCAACCUUAUCUGCUGCACCCCAUGGACCACACCGGUGCGACACCAGUUCGGGUCGUUUCCUAAGCAAGUGCCUGACUCUAUCGGAAAUCACCGAGGAGCGUUUUCGAGACAUGUUGUUGGCUCACCGGCAGAAGCGACUGGCUGGCAUGAACACGGCUGAGCUGGACACCUCGUCUGUGACCCUGGAAGACGUAAUUAGCCGUACCAAUCUGUCGCGGAGGCCCCAGCUGCGACCUCAGGACGGCCGACCGAAGCGGCCACGUGUGGGGGGAGCCCCACCCCCUGCCACCGUGGUGGCCAGCAGCCCACCCCCUGCCAUGCCAGUCCCUCCGUCACCGCCUCCAGCCCCCAGCAGCACAGAAGCCGAGCUUCUCCUGCCUGCUGCAGACUCGGAGGAGGAUGAGGAGGAAGAGGCAACUGCAGUGGCGCCCCCAAGCCCCCCCCGUGGGCACCCAGUCAGCCCCCUCACUCUGCAGCAACCUUCAUGCUUCUUCGCAUUGCUGCGGGACUUUUUCAAUGAGACGGCUGAGCAAAAGAUGUCUGCUGCCAAGCUGGAGGAGCGUGUCAAGGCCUGGAGCCACUCCUCAGGUGCCCAGCAGGUCGAGUGGUUUGGACGUCGUGACAGCUGGCCUGACAUGGUCUCCUCUGCCCUGCGUUUCCUAGCCGGUGACUACAUAGGUCUGCUACCAGAGGACUUUGUGCCGUACCUGGACUACAAGGAGAAGCAGCAGCAGUGGCAGUGGAUAGGGGCCGGCCGAGACUCGGACACGCAAACCCAUGCCCUCUGCCAGCACUGGCUGCAGGGGCGUGAGCCCAUGGAUGCCCUCGAGGCCUCCCAGGGCUCUCCACCACCACCCAAGUCCACCACAGACUGGACUGUGCGGCCAACCACAGACCACGAGCGCUCACAUUACCGCACACAGGAGUGCGUGCGGUACCAGAACCCUCACCGGGCAUUCACGUUCCGGGUGCACGGCUACGAGGCCGUGGUCGGGCCAGUCAAGGGCGUCUACGGCAAGGAGAGUGGCGUCAACAAGGCUCGGGAGCACUCACUGCUGGUCUCCGACCGGCCACCCUUUGUCACCAUCCUCUCACUUGUGCGGGAUGCAGCUGCUCGCCUACCCAAUGGUGAGGGAACACGUGCUGACAUAUGCGAGCUGCUCAAGGACUCCCAGUACCUGGCUGAGGCCAGUGACCAGCAGAUCCACACGGUGGUGAGUGGAGCCCUGGACCGGCUGCACUAUGAGAAGGACCCCUGCGUCAAGUAUGACGUGAACCGCAAGCUCUGGAUCUACCUGCACCGCUGCCGCACUGAAGAAGAAUUUGAAAAGAUCCACCAGGCACAGGCGGCUGCAGCCAAAGCCAAGAAGGCAAUCCAGAAGAACAAGCUUCCGCGCCUGGAGACCUCAACUCCUGGCAAGCUCAAUGGCCUUCAGUGCCUCCGGGGUCAUGUGGUCCACUCGGAGCCUCGCGAUGAAGUUGGCCAGGUCGUGCUCAAGAAGUCCAAGGAAAGCCCCAAGGAGCCAGAGAGCCCCACCAAACGGCCGGCCCCAUCACCGCCACCACCAUUGCCACGGGCAACAGAAGAGCCACCACCAUCGGCCGAGGAGACUCCCGAGCCUAAGCUUGUCUCCAAGGGCUUCCAGACAAUCGUAAUCAAGCAAGAGCCCAAAAACAAGCCAGUCAUGGCUCGCCUGGUCUCCGGCUCACAGCAGGUGGUGUGCAACCUGGUGGGGGGCAAUCCUCGACCCGCCCUACGCAUACAGAGUUCACCCUUCCUGCCGGCUCCCCGCCUCAUCACCGUCGCCCAGCAGGGACCCCCGGCCACUGCCACGCCCAUGCUGCUCGCAACACAGCCUACCGUCGUCCUGGGUCAGUAACACUUUGUGCUCACU